AUGGAUGCUACGACGAGUGGAACUCCGGCUUUACAGUAUCAUAACUUACCGGAGCAACCGGUUUCGACGGUUUCUCCUCCUGUGAUUCCACUUCAGAGGCAAAAACGCCAUUGCUUUGGUGACUCAACUCCUGGAGAGUUUCCUUUAGCAGCUAAUCCUUCCAUUGUUCUUCAUGUUCUCACUGAAUGUAGAUUGGAUCCUCGUGAUCUCGCGAAUCUAGAGGCAACAUGCUCGUUCUUUAGCCAGCCAGCAAACUUUGCCCCGGACUGUAAUUUAUCGCUAUCGGAGCUCGCUGCUCUUGAUAUGUGUAACAAAAGGGCGAUUUUCAAGCCAAUGAAUGAUGAAGAACGUGAAGAAAUGAAACGUAGAUGCGGAGGAUCUUGGAAAUUGGUCCUUAGGUUUUUGCUGGCUGGUGAAGCGUGUUGCCGAAGAGAGAAAUCUCAAGCAGUUGCUGGUCCUGGUCAUAGUAUCGCCAUCACAUCAAAAGGCGAAGUUUAUACUUUCGGGUUUAAUAACUCUGGACAGCUAGGACAUGGCCGUACCGAGGAAGGAGGCCGGAUUUUGCCUGUCAGAUCAUUGCAAGGAAUCCGAAUCAUCCAAGCAGCUGCUGGUGCUGGUCGGACAAUGCUAAUAAGCGAUAGCGGAAAUGUUUACGCAUGCGGGAAAGAUUCUUUUGGUGAAGCGGAAUACGGCGGGCAAGGAACUGAACCAGUUACAACUCCUCAGCUUGUAACAUCCUUAAAGAACAUAUUUGUGGUGCAAGCGGCUAUCGGGAAUUUCUUUACCGCUAUUCUCUCCCGAGAAGGAAGGGUUUAUACAUUCUCCUGGGGCAACGAUGGUAGACUCGGACACCAAACCGAGGCUAAUGAUGUUGAGCCCCGUCCUUUGUUAGGCCCGCUCGAGAAUGUACCUGUUGUGCAGAUUGCUGCCGGUUAUUGCUACCUUCUUGCCUUAGCUUGUCAACCAAAUGGCAUGUCGGUUUACUCGGUUGGUUGCGGUUUGGGAGGUAAACUUGGUCACGGGUCAAGGACAGAUGAGAAGUAUCCUCGGAUUAUCGAACAGUUUCAGCUAUUGAAUCUUCAACCUAGGGUGGUUGCAGCGGGUGCUUGGCAUGCCGCGGUGGUAGGUCAAGACGGAAGAGUGUGCACUUGGGGUUGGGGAAGAUAUGGUUGCUUGGGACACGGUAACGAGGAGUGUGAAUCAGUCCCUAAGGUCGUUGAAGGGCUAAGCCAUGUCAAGGCUGUUCAUGUAGCAACAGGAGAUUACACUACUUUUGUGGUCUCGGACGAUGGCGACGUUUACUCGUUUGGCUGCGGCGAAUCCGCUAGUCUUGGUCACCACCCAGCCGUUGAUGAACAGGGUAAUCGGCAAGCGAAUGUGCUGAGUCCAGCGGUUGUAAAAUCGCUGAAACAAGCGAACGAGCGGAUGGUUCAGAUUAGUCUAACGAACUCGAUAUAUUGGAACGCUCAUACGUUUGCGCUCACAGAAUCAGGGAAGUUAUUCGCGUUUGGUGCGGGCGAUAAGGGUCAGCUCGGAUCACAGCUUGGUUCAAACCAAACAGAAAGGUGCACACCGGAAAAAGUGGAUAUCGAUCUCAGUUAG